AUGAGUUCAUCUUCCUUUACAUCUUCAUUAGAGAAUAUCCUUUAUUUCCAAGCUGGGCUUGGAGUCCUAGACAAUAUGUUUCUUCUUGUUAUCUAUAUUUUCAUAAUCCUUGUUCAUAGAUAUAAAUCCAUGGACCUGAUCUCUUGUCAACUGAACUUUGUUCACAUGAUGAUGUUCCUUGCUGGAGAGAAUUUUUGGCUUGCAGAUAUAUUUGAAUCACUUAAUAUUGAGAAUGACUUCAAAUGUAAGGCAACAUUUUACACAAAGAGAGUGAUGAGAGGCCUCUCUAUUUGCAUCACCUGCCUCCUGAGUGUGUUCCAGGCUGUCACUAUCUGUCCCAGUAGCUCUUUGUUGGCAAAAUUUAAACAUAAACUCAAAAAGGUCAUGAUCAAUGCUUUAUUUUUUAUUUGGUCUUUCAAUUUGCUCUUCAGUAGUAACCUGAUCUUCUAUGUUGGUGGUUUUAAUAAUGUGAGUGAAAUCAAGCAGUUGAAGGUCACUAAAUCCUGCUCACUCUUCCCCGUGAACUACUUAACCAGGGGUUUGAUUUUAACAGUGACAACCUCCAGGGAUGUGUUUCUUGUAGCAGUAAUGCUUACUACAAGUGCAUAUAUGGUGAUUCUCUUGUGCAAACAUCAGAGGCAAUGCAAGCAACUUCAUAGCAUCAGUCACCUGAGAGCAUCACCUGAGAAAAGAGCCACUAAGACCAUCUUACUGCUGGUAGUUUUUUUUGUGGUCAUGUACUGGGUGGACUUUAUCAUCUCAAUCACCACAGACAUGUUAUGGAUGUAUGACUCACUCAUCAGAAUUGUUCAGAAGUUUGUGGUGAAUGCUUAUCCCACAAUUACUCCUUUCAUACAAAUCAGUUCUGAUAGAAGAAUUGUCGAUGUGGUGAAAAAGUUGCAGGCUUAG